GGUGGGCUGGCUGGAUAUUGCAGGAACUACGACGAGACGUUUUUCGCUUUCAUUCACGUCAGAUUGAUAUACUCUCAAACCCGGACGUAACCAACGCCUAGUCGCCGGAGAGGAACGAUGCAGACCAUAAAGUGUGUGGUGGUUGGAGAUGGAGCUGUUGGAAAGACCUGCCUCCUCAUCUCAUACACAACCAACAAAUUCCCCUCUGAAUAUGUUCCCACGGUUUUUGAUAACUAUGCUGUCACAGUGAUGAUUGGAGGUGAACCGUAUACACUGGGGCUUUUUGACACAGCAGGUCAGGAAGACUACGACAGACUUCGGCCUCUCAGCUAUCCGCAGACAGACGUCUUCCUUGUUUGCUUCUCUGUUGUUUCUCCUUCCUCCUUUGAGAAUGUGAAAGAGAAGUGGGUACCAGAGAUCUCUCACCACUGUCCACGCACUCCAUUCCUUCUGGUGGGCACUCAGGUUGACCUGAGGGAUGACAGUAACACUGUGGAAAAACUUGCCAAAAACAAGCAGCGCCCCAUAUCACCCGAGAGCGGGGAGAAGCUGUCCAGAGACCUCAGAGCUGUCAAAUACGUGGAGUGCUCCGCCCUCACACAGAGAGGUCUGAAGAAUGUAUUCGACGAGGCUAUACUCGCUGCCCUUGAACCUCCGGAGACCAAACCCAAGAAGCGCUGCGUCCUUUUGUAGGAACACAAGCAGUGGGUGAUGCACUCACUCCAACAAGAGAGGCAAAGAAAAAGAAACAUUCUGGUGGGGUUUUUUUUAAGGUUGGUAGGGCUUGGGGUUUGGAGUGGAGAGAGUUAUAAUUAGGAAAAAUUACGGGAACAAAACGGCAAAAAAAUAAAAAUCAUGAUACUGGAGGAAUUUGGCAACAAAAAUGGUAUUGCAAACAAAUGCACACUGUGCCUUCAUAAACGUUUCUAGAACAACAGAAGAAAUUAGAGAACCCUGGAACCAGUAGCACCCCUGCAAACAAAGAGCAUAACGAUAAAAAAAAAAAUAAAAAUAGGCGCACUUUACGCAUGUGAUGUCUU